AUGACUAAAUCACUGCGCGGGUCUUCACUCCCUCAGGCCCGCUCAUACCAUCACAAUCAUUACCAUUUACACAACCAACGUGCAGCCACCCCCGAGAAUGCGAAUCACCACCAUCGCCAACUCGACGACCCCAGCCCGACGACUCCCAGCCCCGACGCCGCCACCUCGUCGAGCGCCGCCGCACCGAGAAUCGUCGUCCAGACCGUCUCCCUCAUUCAAAUAGUCGAUGCCACCGGCUCCCCUAUCCAAGUCCAGACCAUCUUCCCGACGGCCGCCACCGUGGAUGCUUCAUCAACCACCAGUGCCGCCCUUGACUUGUCAAUUGCUGCGGUACCAUCCUCAACUUCAUCCACCGAUUCUUCGACGACAUCUUCUAGUACGACGAAUGACUCAGCACUGUCAACACCGGCGCCCACGACAUCCACUUCCACCGACUCUUCCACCAGUCAAGACAUCUCCUUGACGUCCGAUCCUUUAUCCACUCCAGCACCUUCAGAAGCUGCGCCGUCACUCUACCCUACGUUGAGUGGCCAGUCAAACUCAACAAUUUCUUUCGUCUGGCACAACAAGCGUUACAUCAUCAAUACUUUCAUCCCUCUCAUCGACGACAUGGGGCACCAACUCGGGCUCGACUGCAACCUCGACAUCGGCAUCAACCUCGACUUCGGGUUCUAG